CUCUCUCUCUCUCUCAACAAAAAUUUACAGAGAACCAAACCAAGCCUCUGCUUCGAAUUCGAUCAGGGCCAAUCCACAUUGGCCCCAGAUCAUCUAUCUCCUUCCUCAUUCCAUAUUUUUCGUUUCUUUCUGCCUUUCACCACUCUUCCUUCUCCCUAAGUUCCCCAAAAUUUAGUUUCAAUCAAUCAAACAAAAAGAAAAAAAAAAGAGAAAACAGAGAAAAAGAAAGAAAGGUUAUUUGUAUAAAAACCCUCGAAUUUUCUCUGAAAAUCUGCACCAUUUUGUCCUCAGAUUGCUCAAUGCAAGCCAUUUUCUCUGUUAUUGUGCUGGGUUUUGCGUAAAAUCCCGAAUCUCUGCUUAAUUUCGGGUUAUUUUCCGAGUAGUAAUUUGUUUUGGGGGUUGAAUUGAAUGGGGCAGCGUUCGAGGUCGAAAAGAUGUUGUGGGUGGUGCAUUGUGUUGGUAGUCGUGGCUCUCGUUGCCAUCGUUCUCGUAAUUACUCUAACAAAUAAGAUAGGGCUCUCUGAACCUGUGUUAAGCCCUGUUCCUGGCUCUCCUGGCACUGUUCAGAAGAAAUACGGCGUCGCUCUCAAAGUCGCAAUGCAGUUCUUCGAUGUCCAGAGAUCUGGUAAGUUGGUAAACAACAAGAUAUCUUGGAGAGGAGAUUCGGCUCUUAAGGAUGGUAGUCAAGCAAAGUUGGAUCUUUCAAAAGGAAUGUACGAUGCUGGGGAUCAUUUGAAGUUUGGAUUUCCAAUGGCUUUCACUGCCACGGUGUUGUCAUGGGCCAUCCUUGAAUACGGGGAUCAGAUGCAGACAGUUAAUCAGUUGAAACCUGCUCAAGACUCGCUUAAAUGGAUAACGGACUACCUUAUCAAUGCUCAUCCUUCAAAGGAUGUGCUCUAUGUUCAGGUGGGUGAUCCUGCAGCAGACCAUAAAUGUUGGGAUAGGCCUGAGACCAUGACCGCGAAAAGGCCUCUCACACAGGUGAACACUUCUUCCCCUGGAACAGAAGUUGCUGCUGAAACUGCAGCAGCAAUGGCAUCGGCAUCCCUAGUAUUUAAGUCAAUCGAUGCCAAGUAUUCAAGCUCGCUUCUUGAGCAUGCACAUCAACUAUUCACUUUUGCUGACAAACAUAGAGGUUCUUACAGUCACAGCAUUCCCGAAGUCCAAAAGUUUUACAAUUCAACAGGUUAUGGAGAUGAGCUUUUGUGGGCGGCAAGCUGGCUCUAUCAUGCUACCGGGGAUCAAUCCUAUUUUGAUUAUGUUACCGGAAAAAAUGGAAAAGCUUUUGCUAAGUGGGGUACUCCAACCUGGUUUAGUUGGGAUAACAAACUUGCAGGGACUCAGGUAUUGUUGUCACGGGUGAGUUUUUUUGGUUCAAAAGAAAUCGCCAACUCAGAAAACCUCCAGAAUUACAGGAAAAGUGCCGAGGCUGUCAUGUGUGGUCUCCUGCCAAAGUCUCCGACAGCCACAUCCAGCAGAACCGAGAGUGGUCUGAUAUGGGUGAGUGAAUGGAAUUCUUUGCUGCAUCCUGUGGCUUCUUCAUUUUUAGCCGUGCUUUACAGUGAUUACAUGCUUACAUCUCGUACUGCUAAGCUAUCCUGCGAUGGAGAUUCAUUCGGACCAUCGGAUCUUCGGAAAUUUGCCAUUUCACAGGCCGAUUAUGUGUUGGGCAAUAAUCCAAUGGAGAUGAGUUAUCUUGUGGGGUAUGGGGAAAAAUACCCAGAAUAUGUACACCACAGGGGAGCCUCAAUACCGGAAGAUGCAACCACAGGGUGCAGUGAUGGAUGGGAGUGGCUCGAGUCAACUGAGCCCAACCCAAAUGUUGCAGUUGGCGCGGUAGUUGGGGGACCAGCUCUAAACGAGACGUAUGUGGAUUCGAGGAACAAUUCAAUGCAAGGGGAACCAAGCACAUAUAACACUGCUCUCAUUGUUGGCCUUCUUUCUGGUUUGGUCACCUCCUCUUCUGUGGCCAAGUCUUUCACCUAAAGCCAGGGCUGGCCUCAGUGAGUGAGUACAUGAUCCAUUGUAUUAAAUAUAUGUGUAGUUGAAUGAACGGUCCGCUCCAUAUUCUCUUUUGGAAUUUGUGUUUUUAAUAGCUUGUUUUACACAGCAAAUUGUUCCAUUGUAGUACCCACUGUGCUUUGUAGGUGUAUCUGUUUAAUUAAACCUUACCUAUAUAGGAAAAUGUUUGGAAUCCCUUUGGAUGACCUCCAUAUCCCAAAGUGAUCCUGACCUUUCAUGUAUGUGUGUGGUUCACAUCAUGAGCGAUUCAAAUUUAUGAGGGUCUUGUGAGGAGUGGAGGUCUCAAUCAUUUCUCAAUUA